GUUUCACUUAAAAAAACCAAGUAGUAUGAGGGGUUGUACGGACAUCUACAACGUUUUACCGAAGAUCUGAAUUUUUCUUCGGCCCCGAUAUCUCUCGCUCUCUGACGCACGCAGAAGUUUUACUGAAAGCUUUGCAGCUAUGGAGAUCGGACAAUCGAGUAAAGGAGGUUGUUCAUCAGCUGAAGCCGUCAUGCUUGGAGCCCUAGCUCCUGGAGUCAAUGGCCCGACAUGGAAUACCCUAAAGGUUGCAUUCCUUAUGCUCAGCGUUUGCCUUGCUGCUAUGCUUGGGUUGGCUUUCUCCUUUAGCGACUCGUCUUUGAUUCUCCAUGUCACCUUCCUUCUCCUCAUCGCUGGCACCCUUUUCUUGCUUCUCAGCAGCUUCCUAACGGAGACUGGCCUUGUUUCUGUCGAACACCAGAUGAAGGAGAUGGGCUUAAGAACAAAAGAUGCUAGUGAUCUUAAGCAAGAAUGAGUAAAUUUGGACCCGAUUCUAAGUAACACAACAAACAUUCACAGAUGGGUUGCACCAUUACAAGCUACCGACAUUUUAAGAACUUAUCCGAAAAGGAAACAUGUAUGAAUCUCCCGGUAAGAGAAAAAGAAGGCAAAGUUGAACUAUGUUGCAUCUGCCAUCUUCUUGCUUUCAGCUCCCCUUUGCUUCAUUCCGUUUUGUGUGUUGGCCCUUUUUGAUUUGAUGUAACAGAAACACGAGCAGAACAGUAAUUGCAGCAGAAAACUUCAUUCUCACUUUAUUUAUAAGAAUGUAUUAUAAUAUUUUUAACCAAUUUUUGCAAAAUUAAAUUAAG